GCGAGUACAAUCGGUGUCUUUCUGUUUUUAGGACCGGCUGAAGCAACUGCGAGCAAAUCCGUUGAAAUAAAUUGGAAGCGGAAACGAAGAGUGGUGGAGGAUAAAGCAAAUGCGGCUCUUAUUCUAGAACAUUCUAAUGCGGUUGCGUUUAGAUGGCAACGCGGUAAAAUUAUGUGCGCGUAUUGUCCGACCAUAUGCACAAGCGUUAGUGAAGUUCGCACUCACUCUAAUACCCAUGAAAACAAACUAGACGUUUUCAAACCUUGCGAAGGCGUGCGAAACUCAUUCCCACUGAGAGUGGAUAUAACUGAUCUCAUUUGUAACUUAUGGUCCACCGACCUCAAACUUAAAUGGAAACCGAAACGCAAGUAUAACGAUCACAGAGACAAUGCAGCUAUUAUAAUAGAAUGUUCCAACGUGUGCCCGUUCAGGUGGAAGCGGGGGACUUUUACGUGCGCCUUCUGUCCCAUAUCCUUCGGGGACUUUAGCAGCAUCCGAGAACAUGCGCUCGAGCACCCAAACCGUGUCGAGGCCAUGCGAUUAGCGCGACCCUUAGACAACGUCAAAGUAGAAAUCACUGGGCUUCGCUGCGAACUCUGCUUACUACACAUUAAAGACGUAGAGACAUUAAAGGAACACCUACUUCAAAUCCAUGAUAAACCUAUUAGCAUAAAUCAUGGCAUCGGCGUUACUCCUUUCCUUAUAGAAGGAAAAGAGUUCGUGUGCACACAUUGUGGAGAACACUUUGAGCUGUUUUCAAAAUUAAACACACAUAUGAAUAAUCAUUAUCCGAACAACAUAUGCUUCCAAUGCGGCAAAGCAUUCUCCGCCGCGCAUAGACUUAAAGCUCACUUAGUUAUACAUGAGGCCUCAAACAGUAUGCAGUAUAAAUGUUCCAAAUGCGACGAGGUUUUCGCGACUCGUGCUUUGAAGAAUAGCCACAUGGCUUUAGCACACGGCCCCGAAUAUCGAUAUCGCUGUCCAUAUUGUAAUGACUCGUUUUUAAGAUACGCUGAUAGGGCAAAGCAUCUCAAGAUUGCUCACGAUAGGAAAGUUGAGUAUCCUUGCCAUCUAUGCACAGCCGUCUUCUCCAUGUGCAAUCAGAGAACUAAGCAUAUACAACAAGUACACAUUAGACAUAAGCAGUUCUUCUGUGCCUUAUGCCCGUAUCAGUUCGUCACGGCAGCCCAACUUAGGAAUCACAUGGUCAAACAUGUAGGGGAAAGAAAAUACCAAUGUCAGGUGUGUAAGAAGUCCUACGCUAGAACCAAAACGUUGAAGGAACACAUGCGUAUACAUAAUAAUGAUAAACGAUUUGUUUGUGAGUUUUGUAACAACGCUUACGUACAGAAGUGCAGCCUUCAGAGCCAUAUGAGAACGCAUCACCCUAACGCUGAACCUCUAAAGAAACUCAGAUUGCCUAUGCCUAAUGUAUAUUAAAAUUGUAUCAUUUAUAAUCAA